AAAGCGGCGGGCGACUUUGAAAACGCCUGACUUUUUUCCGUACCUGAGUUUGUAAAACAAUGCAAAAUGAGAUCAGGUUUGCUCUUAAUUUCAUUCACAACUGUAAAAAAGCAACAGGAAAAAGAUUGUGGCACCACUAUUUUUGUCAGCGUAAUUUUGCCAGUGUUCUUGGUAUAGAAACGAGCUGUGACGAUACAGGUGCAGCUGUUAUAGAAACAUCAGGAAAACUACUUGGAGAUUGUCUAUCUUCGCAAGCGAGGAUUAGUGUUAUGUUAGGUGGUGUAGUACCGUCCGUAGCAGCUGAACUUCACAAGGAAAACAUUGAAUCAGUUGUAAAUACUGCUAUGGCCAAAUCCAACAUUGGGUUCCGGGAUUUAAAUUUUGUUGCAGUUACAGUAAAACCAGGUAUGCCACUAUCUCUAAAAAUUGGAGUUAGUUUCGCUAAAUCUUUAGCAAGUCGAUUAAAGAUUCCUAUCAUACCGAUUGAUCAUAUGGAGGCUCAUGCACUGACAGCUCUGUUUACAGAUCCUCAGUUGAAAUUUCCCUAUAUGAUCCUCUUAAUAAGUGGUGGUCACAGUAUUUUGGGCAUUGUUCAAGGGUUAGAGGAUUACGUUUUAUUAGGUACAGCAUUAGAUGCCUCUCCAGGCGAUAUUCUUGAUAAGAUUUCUAGGCGUCUAAAACUAAAUCGUUUGUCAGAUGAGUGUUUGAAAGGCGUCGCAGGUGGUAAGGCUAUCGAAAUAAUUGCAAAGACUUAUAAUGGUGAUCAUCAACGAUUCAACCUACCUUUACCACGUUCACAAUCUAAGGAUUGUGAUUUCUCAUUUAGUGGAAUCCAUGUGGCUGCAGAACAAUUGAUCAAUAAAUUGGAAUCUGAAAAUCAUGGUAAUGGAUGCACUUUAUCGACCCAAGAUAUUGCUGAUGUUUGUGCAUCUGUACAGUUCUGUAUGACAAGAUUAAUCUGUCGGCGUGUUCAGCGUGCUGUUGAAUACUGUUUGUUGAACACUGAUUCCAGAGCCAGUGUAAUUAGAAAUCAUCCUACAGCUUUGGUUGUUUCUGGUGGGGUUGGUUCUAAUUGUGUUAUUCGUGCCGGUUUAACUGAGGUAGCUAAUCAUUAUAAUUUAAGAUUUGUGGCUCCUCCAUCAAGUCUAUGUACUGAUAAUGGAAUUAUGAUAGCAUGUUAUUUUUAUCAACUAUUAAUAAACCAUUACUGCUACAUCUACUUGUUCUUUUCGUGAUACUCAUCAAGUGGACAAUUAUCUUCAUCUCAACAUUUUCCCGUUAGCAGUUGGAUUAUAACACAAUUUCCUCUCAAUAUGUGAUGCAUGUCAAUAAUUUCUAACACCAUUUUACUAUGGACUACUAGUUUUGGUAAGCAAAGUAAAUAUACGUUCGAUUGAACAGGUUUAGCAAAUGAAAUCCCUGAAAAGAAAAUUAUCUUCAUUGAGUAGUCUUUAUUCCUCUCUAAUGACAGUGUCUUUCCCUUUCGUUAUUUGAUCAUAAAAUAACCGGUAGAUAUUCAUUACUGUUCCUCUUAACAGAUCAAUAAUCAGUAAAAGAUGAGAUUUAUAAAUAAAAAUAAAGAAGGGUAACGGGUAUCAUUUGGUACAAUGCAUCACAAUAUAUUGAUAGAAAACCUGUUUUAAUUGAACUAAUCAUAUCCCCAUGAAAUCAUCCCUAAAACCCCAUUUAAAUGAAUUGUUGAAGAUAGAACCACUAGCACAAGUCAAUUGUUUGCAUUAUGUUGAUUUAUCCAAAUAGCAAGUCGUUGAUUAAUAAUAAAAGUAAAAUAUCACAUGGCAACUAAUGAUAUUUUUCCAUUUAAAUAUCUAUUCUCCUAAAUACACUAUUUGAUUACUGGUCUCAAUUAAUUGUGUAUUGUCCUCUUUCAUUACUAAUAAGGAAUGGAGUUUUACUUCAAAAAGAAAAUUCCUCUCGUAUUACGGAAGAUAUCUGUUCUGUUGAUUUUUGUCCAAGAUCUACAUUUGGUAUUGACUGUCGAGAAGAUGUGAAACAAGCUAACAUAUCAAUUGAACCAAUUAAAUUAUCCAAUACUAUUUUUCAAUCAUAAGUAAUAGUAGUACUAUUUCUUUUGUUUAAGCUUUGAAAUUUUUUGUGAAUAUGUAUAAAAUGAACGGUGAUUGCAAAAAUUCUAUGACGUAAUUCCUUGAAUAAAAGAAAUACGUAUUCUA